AUGUCACCCAACAACCGAAACAUGAGUCAGGAAGAGCCAAUACCGACGGAGAGUUUGAAUCAUGCCGGUGCUGCCAUAUCACGAAUCGAAAGCAUCAUGGAGUCCGUCAUCGACAAGUUGUUGCGACAUGAACCCAUGAGUAUUGCUUUGGCAUCUCGCAGAAGUCUGCGGCGGCGUCAGAAUCAGACGUCGUCUAGGCAGGUCGACUUUCCCGGUCGUUCAGCUCAGGAAGCACAGCGAUUCGGUAUUACAGUGCCUUAA